AUGCCUAAGAGUGGCGUUCAUAGAAAGGGAUUCACAGAUAGGCAUUCAGUGGGCAUAGGAAAGUCAAGUUAUGUAUGCAAGAGACAGUGGCAGGAGGCAAAGAAGAGACAUAAUGGAGAUAAUGAUGGUUCAAAUCCAACCAUUCCUUGGGCGUGGUUCGAGCGAGAAUUCAAUGAUCAGUAUUUAGAUGUUAUGUCUCGGGAAGCGCUUCGACAGCAAUUCGUUAGCCUAAAACAAGGGAGUGGUACUGUUCAGGACUACAAUAUGAAAUGCGACAACUUGAUGAGACAAGUUGGUGAUCGAAUCACGACAAUCUCAACUUUACAGGCACAGCAUCUAAUCGAGUCAGGUUGUACCGCCUACCUUGUAUUAGCCAUGCAGAUGAAAUCAGAGGUCAAGAACCUAUCAUCUAUUCUAGUGGUGUCAGAAUUUACCGACGUCUUCCAUGAGACUCUACCAAGAUUACCGCCUGAACGAGAGGUUGAUUUAUGCAUCGAAACCAAAUAA